AUGCCGCUCGAGAACGACCGCUGGCGGACACCCAAGUCGCGCUACGCGUCCAACUCGACGUACAUCUCCGAGGACCCCCGGCUGCGGCCCGAGUACUUCGAUUCGGACCUGGUCAUCGACGAGAACAUCAAGCAGCAGCUGCUCGACGGCGGCAUGGACGACCGGCUGGCGACGCACUUUGCACACCUCUUCAUCCGCGACCCCAUCGUCAUCUUCUCCGAGGACCUCAAGGAGCUGGACCUGACCAAGACGGACCACUUCGAAAACAUCCGAAGCACCAACUGGCAGCACAUGCGGUUCAAGCCGCCGGCGGCCGACAACAGCAUCGGAUCACCGACCCUGAGAACGCCGCCUUCGCCGUCUUUCAUCGUGCUCAUCACGCGCGUCAUUCUCAGCUACAACCUCAACUUCUACAUCACCAUCAAGAAGGUCGACGAGAACAUGCAGACGGCCCACGCCCGCGCCCACCCCCUCCCUUCUCAACCACCCCGGCAGGACGAAGACGAAGAGGACGGGGACUUCUUUCCCGGCCUCAUCCCCCUCGCCGAGAGCUACCUCGACUCGGUCAAUGUCGACGUCGCCACCCGCUGCCGCCUCGCUACCUACCUCGAACAACAGACGCCGGCCAGGAGGAAAGCUGUGGCACAGCGCUUCCGUGUUUUAGCAUCCGGGAUCCGUCGGCAUUCGGGAUCCGUCGGGUAUCAGAUGCAAUAUUCAGAUGACAAAGGCCCAGCAACAGACGCCGGCCAGGAAAGUUGUGGCACAGCGCUUUCGUGUUUUAGCAUCCGGGAUCCGUCUGGUAUCAAAUACAAUGUUCAGACAACAGAGGCCGAACAACAGACCGGGUAA